GUUGGGCCUCUCUUCCUCUUCCUCUCUGCAUACAGUCAUUGCCGGGCGGAGACGAAGGAAGGAAGCUGUAAUUGAAAUGCAUGGCGAAUCGUUUGGAUGAUUGAUCAUAUUUAAUUAAUUUGAUCGCACACGCUAUUAACUUCAAUAUUACAAGUUAGCACACAAUCUGCAGCUACACAGUGGACUGAUCGGGGCUGAUACUAGCUCAGCCAGCGCAAGGCUAGUAGCAUCAGCUAGUCUGUGUCAGUGUGUGGUGGCGGAGUUUGUUUAACCGUCGUUACCUCCUGCGGCAUGCUGUUAUUAUCAGUGAAGUGAGGACAGCUCGGCUCUUUCAGAUACCUUGUCAUGGAGGACCCCUUUGACAGUGAGCGAGCGUCCCUGCCCAGGAACAUGAUAGAGAACAGUAUGUUUGAGGAGGAACCUGACGUGGUGGACCUGGCCAAAGACUCAACAGCCUUCCCGGCGUUGGAACCAGAUGAGGUGGUGUACGAGCCCCAUUGCUCCCGUCUGCUGGUGCGAGGUCUGGGAGAGAACGACCUGGACGAUGAGGAGGAUGACUAUGAGUCGUCAGCCCGCCUACUGGGCAUGUCAUUCAUGAACAGAAGCUCCACCCACAGUCCUAGCUCCUCCCCUUACAACAGACAGGCUCCACCCAGGUCAUGUUCCCGCCCCUCAGCUCGUAUGCUGGUGGUGGGCGUGUUCAUCUUGGUACUGGUCGCAUCCAUGGCGAUGGUUCUCUACUUCCUGCCUGGCUGUACUUUCACUAAGGCUGGCUGUGGUAAGGCUAACUCCUCCACUCCUAUGGAGCCGGCCUAUCCUAACAGCGCUAAUGGGGAUCUGUUUCCCUGGAAUGAGCUCCGCCUCCCAGCCAGCGUACGGCCUGUGAACUACGACCUCUCCUUGACCCUUAACCUGACUUCCAUGACCUUCACCGGCCGCACCGUCAUCAACAUGACGAUACAACACAACACCAAGCGCAUCGUUCUGCACAGCUCUGAACUCAUUAUCACCAAGGCAACCUUCCAGGUUGGAGAGGAUAAGAGUGUUGAGGUCAAGGUGUUGGAGUAUAAGCCGUGGCAGCAGAUAGCUGUCAGCUUCCCAGAGGAUCUGAAGGCAGGCCAGGUGUGUGUGUUAACGUUGGACUACACAGCCAACCUCUCACACACCUAUGACGGCUUCUACAACAGCUCCUACAACGACAAGACUGGAGCCAAGAGGGUCCUAGCUGCCACUCAGUUUGAGCCCCAGGCUGCCAGGAAGGCCUUCCCCUGUUUUGACGAGCCAGCCUUUAAAGCCACCUUCCUGGUCAGGAUCACCAGGGAGCCUGGAUACAUCACUCUGUCCAACAUGCCCCAGGCUAAGACUACUACAUUACCCAGCGGCCUAUUGGAGGAUGAGUUUGAGCAGACUAGUGUUAAUAUGAGCACCUACCUGGUGGCCUUCAUCGUAGCUAACUUCACCAGCGUCACUAGAAACGUCUCCAAUACACUGGUGUCAGUGUACUCUGUGCCAGAGAAGAAGGAACACACACACUAUGCUCUGGACACAGCCUCUAAGCUGCUGCAGUUCUACAACACCUUCUUUGAAAUCGACUACCCUCUGAGGAAACUAGACCUGGUUGCUAUCCCAGACUUCCUGGCGGGAGCGAUGGAGAACUGGGGUCUGAUCACCUUUAGAGAGACCAGCCUGCUGGUGGGAAACCAGUCCUCUCCUCUUGACAAACAACUCAUUGCUAACGUCGUAGCCCACGAGCUCGCUCACCAGUGGUUUGGGAACCUGGUGACGAUGCGUUGGUGGAAUGACCUGUGGCUGAACGAAGGCUUUGCCACCUAUUGGCAGUACACGUCCCUAAUGACAGAGUUCCCACAGCUGGAGCUAGGCAAUUCGUUCCUGGGGGUGCGGUUUAAGGCGAUGGCCAAAGAUUCUGUAAACUCCUCCCACCCAGUGUCAGAGUCGUCCCAGGUGACCACACCUGAACAGGUGUCUGAGAUGUUUGACUCUGUCACCUAUGAGAAGGGUGCAUCCCUCCUGCUGAUGUUGAACUCCACUCUGCCAGACGGUCAGUUCAGGAAAGGACUCAUCAAUUACCUGAAUAAAGGAUCUAACACUGUUACUGAAGACCUCUGGAACAGCCUCACACAGGCCCAGGUGCUUCCCCAGCAGGAGAGUGUGUCAGACAUGAUGAGAACAUGGACGCUGCAAAAAGGCUUCCCAUUGGUCACCGUCAGCCGCAAGGCUGGUCAGGUGACUCUCACACAGGAACACUUCCUGCUCUCCGCAGACAAUGCCACUUACACCUCUAGCCUGUGGCAUAUCCCCGUGACAUAUGUGAAUGACAGCUGUAGCUCUGCGCCUUCCUGCAGACAGAUCUUCCAUCUGAGAAAUAAGACAGCUACUCUGAAGGUGUCAGACAGUGUGAAGUGGCUGAAGUUGAACUACAUGAACACGGGCUUCUAUAUAGUUCACUAUGGAGACGAGGGCUGGGCCACUCUCAUAGAUGCUCUAAAGACUGAUGUCAACACACUCACACCCCAUGACCGCGCUUCGCUCAUACACAACAUCUUUGCCCUGUCCAGGCUGGGUCGUGUGUCCUUCCGUCAGGUUCUCAGUCUGUUGGAUUAUGCCACCAAUGAGACUGAGACUGCUCCUCUGACAGAGGCCCUGUCACAGCUCAGCUCUGUCUACAGACUACUGAACAAGAGACAGGAGCUAAGACUGGUGGCCCGCAUGAAGGCAUACGUCUGCAGUCAUUUUGGCCAGCUGAUGGACAGUCAGGACUGGGGAGAGGAGGAGAGUGUGUCCAGACUGGAACUGAGGUCAGCCCUGCUAGAGAUGGCCUGUAGUCUGGGACGGCAGAACUGUACUGACCAGGCCAUGGCCCUCUAUGACCAGUGGACCAACUCCAACCAAACCAAACAGAUCCCGGGUGAUCUGCAGCGAGUGGUGUUCUCUGUAGCGGCCAAGUCUGACCUCGGUUGGCGUUCUCUCAUGGAGGCCUACAGUUCCUCCACCUACGACUCUGAGAAACGCAAGAUACUGCAGGCCCUGGCCUCCACACAGGACCCACAAAUCAUCGUAUGGAUUCUCAGCGCGGGGCUCGAGGGAGGGAUUAUCCAGACCCAGGAGCUGCCAUUGGUCAUCAGCACCAUGAGCGACGGCUUCGCUGGCCACUUGUUCGUCUGGGACUUUGUCAAAGAGAACUGGGACAGGAUCAUAGAGAAGUUCCCAGUGGGGUCCUAUCCCAUCCAAAGCAUCAUCAAGUCCACCACCUCCCAGUUCUCCACUCAGACACACCUGGAGGAGGUCCAGGGUUUCUUCUCCAGUCUGAAGGAGCGGGGGUCUCAGAUGCGUAGCGUCCAGGAGGCUUUAGAGACCAUCGAACUGAACCAGCUCUGGAUGGACAGGAACCUCCCAACACUCAGACACUGGCUCUAACAUGGCCGCUUGGCAACUGUCGCUCCUGGCAACCAGCUCCGUGGGGCCAUGUUGGCAUGGCAACAGCAGUGUUUGCACUAUACUAGGGCUUGUCUCAAAUGACAUCAUAUUCCCCAUAUAGUGGCUACUUUUUUUCACUAUGGUCAGAAGUAGUGCACUAUAUACGGAACAGGGUGUCCUAGGAGUUGUAGUAGCCAGCUCAGGGUUGCUCUCCAGAUUGUGUAUCAGACCCCGUAUCAGCUCUCUCUCUAUGCUGUCGACCAAAUCUUCACACAGCUUUCAUCAUAACACCAUGCCUGGACACACAGCAGUGCGUCUUUCUUUCAAACGCAACGUGCUUCACAUUGUAUGGAGGUAACGCACCCCUUCCACCACCCCCUAGUGCAUGUAUGUGUAGCAUCCACCUGAGAACAAAGGAAUACAGGAAGAGAACAUGCUGUGUAAUCAGCUCUGGCAACAUGUCAUCAGUAUGUGUCACCUGUGAAACUCUCAUGGCUCAGUGACUAAUUGUGAUCUCAGGCCCUGGCCCCGACUCCAGCCUCCACAUGACUGUCCUACUGUCUGGGAGAAAAGGGGGAGAUGGGAGAAUGUCUGUUGAAGGCCAGAGUAAGGCUACAGAGGGGUAGCUGACAGUGUACAGUAGGCACGCUCAGCAGGCUACGCAGGCUACAGCCAGAACAUAUACAGCUACAUGUGUAUAUGUUGAAGGAAAAUACCUUCUUACUGUUUAGAUCAGUGGUGGCCUCAAAAAAAUGUGAGACAUAAAAUGACUAAAACCAAAUUGAAACUGUGUAGAAAUGUUAAUGGACCUACAUGUAUACAGUUUAUUGACUGUGUCUAGCUCGCUAAUAAUCACCGAAAUGAAAACUAGACCGUCAGGGAGCAUAGAAAAUUCAAAAAACGAUGGAUAGAGGACUAUGUUUUGCAGAUUUUGGCGGUGAGGAAAUAUUGUUAAAAAAAAUUCAGUGCAGCCCUCCAGACCUUGUAAAAGACAGAAUGUGGCCCCCGGGUCAAAAUGAGUUUGACACCCUUGGUUUAGAUGCUCCGAAAAUUCAACUCUACCACAUUUCCACCACUGUCAGUCUGUUAGUUAGACCUCAAGAAGUAUUUUGGUCUGAUGGUGUAAACCAGGGGACAACGUUUGGUUUGGCCCGCAAGGGCCGCUAGAGGGCCCCCGACUGACUUCUUUUUUUUUUGGGAAGUCAGUCGGGUUCACAACUUUCUGUUGCGAGAUGGCAUAGUAGAAUAGACAACGUGUCAUUUCAAAAUUUGGUAGUGCCUCAGCAGUUUUCCUCUUGUUAUGUCAGUCACUGACAGUCAAUCAAUUAGCCCAUGUCAGCUAACAUUUUAUUGAUUGCUAGGUAAGUUAGUCUAGCCAGCUGUCUAAAACGUGUCCAGGGGCCCUGACCUCCAGGGGGCCCACAUUUGAUUUUGUUAAUCACUCUCACACGGAUAUCAUAUGAACAUGGCAUAAGUCAUAGCAAAAUGUGUACAACUGCAGGGAAUUAGCAUUAAAACGUGCAAAAAUGUCUCUCCAUCCCAUGGACAUUUUUGUUUUAUCACAUGAAAUUGGUAAUAAAACUGCUACAUUUUAUCUCUGCACCAUGUAAAAUGUGUAGAAUUGCUGAAAAACUAAAAUGUUUUAAUACUUUAAUACUUGUAAUUAGAAUGUGUUGUUAAGUGUCAAGUUAUAUGGCUACGAUUUGAUUCAUGUUUGAAGUGUAAUUUUAUGAUUAUUUUCAAAGAAAGCUAUUUUUCAAGACCCUAAAAAGCAAUUGUUUAACUUUUUAAUAUUUCUAAAUAAAUUAUGUCUUUGUUUGGCCACUCAGAUUAUGUUUUGGCCCACCAAGCCCAAAAGCACCCCUGGUGUAAACGUUGCUGAAACGUUGUUGGGUGAAAUAAACCACCCAGCACUUCUGUUGAUGUCACUUUCAGUUACAUUUUGACAGUUAAUGUCAUACAGAAAACGGAAACCAUUGUUAGGUAAACAUGAAUGUAACUGGCCUGCUGUCUAGCUUUAUUCAGAUUGAAGGAGUAUAGUUCAGACCGCUUUUCCACUUUUCCUUUGCGUACGGGGCAAUCUUUUCAGAAUAUUUCACUCACGAUGCUUGUGAAGAUUAAAUUAUUGUGUAAAUACUA